UUUGUAAUUCGGUAACAGCAAUUAUUCAUUCGUUCUUGUCACAAUUAAUUAGAUUUACUACUGAUAGUAAACAGAGUUAGCUGCUGGCCUCGUGUUUAUAAAAAUCUAUAUGGGUAAUUUAUGGUAGUUGACUUUGGCAACAUUGGUAUCCUUAUACUAAAAUUAAUUUACUAUAAAUUUAAAAUUCCAUAUUUUCAACUAACCUUAACAUUGACUUACGCGCAUUUUAGUCGAAUUCAAAAAUAUAAACAAAAUUAUCGACCUAAACGAAAAGUGUGUUGAUUGUUGUUUCAAAAUUUACUCUUAACAUUUUAUUCACUUAUAAACUAUUAUAAUUUUAUAGGCACGAAUUUUGAAGUUUAUAGACGUCGAAUCAACAUAUCUGUUCUGCUCUAAAAUUUGAAUGAACAAUUUCUUUGAAUAUUUUUCUUGUUUUGUAAAAUUCUAUAUUGUACAUUGAAAACUGGAUGACGAAGAGGAAAUGAUUGCCGCCUCCGAGCCUCAGGAGUUUGUCCCAUUUGGGCGGCUUAAGAUAAAGAACCAUCCAGGAACUAUUGUACCACCUUUGAAUCAACCAUUUUCAGAGAACUUUCUGGUGCAGCGUUUAAGUCAAGUUAAUAUUGACAAUCAUACUGAGAAUGAAUGGUGGACAUUAAGAGAGUUGGUCGUUGGAAAUGGUAAAGGGAAGAUAUGUGCUGAAGAGGAGUUAUACGUUAAGGAUAAAACGGCCAUAUGGAGCCAGGGAACUGUGGGGCUCAGUGUUGCCAAUACAAACAGUGAACAGCCCGCAGGCCGUACCCUGGCCUGCAGUUACACUGUGGAGAGCACCAUUACUCACGCCCUGUGGGUCAACUUUGUAAAACCUGGGGAGGUUCGGAUGCCGAGCAUUUGUCUGUUGGAUGAAACCAAGGUCAAUGUAUACACUAAAGAUGGGGAGGAUUUCCUGUCUGCUCUUCAGUUCAAAGUGAACAGUGCGUGGAACACCAAGUUUGGUCUGUUGCUAGAGAGGUACACAACUCCACAAGUGAACUUCUCAGAGAACAACUUGGCUACUCUGUUCUCCCUACUUCACCCGCUGGAUGAGAUGGCGCCCUUGCUCAUCAUGAAGAGUGGAGGUUCACUGCAGUAUAUGAAUGAUCCAAACUUGAAAGUUGUGUUCACAAGUGAAGAGCCAUCCCUUGUUGUCCUGUUUGAUGCGAGGACUGGUCUCCAUAGUGUUUGGAAACUACGGAAAGCUACAACUCAGGAGAGUCAGGUGUUUUGUGGUGGCGACUUGUCUACUUGUACUACCCAUGCCCAGUCUUCUCUACACGUAAGUGGUUUCACACAGAUGUCAUCUGGCUCCCAACGAGCAUCUCUUCUCAACAGGUCCUCAUACACACCAGGUGGUGCCACUACUCCAGAUCACAACACCUCGAUUCCAUUUUCAUUGAUAGAUUCAAUUCCUAGAAUUCAGAGCCCUCUAAACAGAAUUAGGUCCAGCAGUGGUGUGAAGACUUCACCAACACAGUCAGGAAGUAGCUGGAAGACGCCUGGCCUCGGAGUCUCCUCCUCAAGUCCCUCGGCUAUGGAUGCACGUCUUGGCAGCAGCCAGAUCUUAUUGGAUGGGCUAUGGGAACCACAACCCAUUGAGCCUCAACUCACUCUUGAGUAUGUCUGGACUGAAAACAUCGGUGUCCCUUUAGUGAACAAGGGGGUCGAGACAGAGCCAGCACAUCGUGUGUUUCUGACCACUGACGUGUUGGGUCAAUCCUACAUUUGCUACUUGGUCAGGUCCCGGGCCAAGCUUAUGAUGGCUAGGCUCAACUAUACCAACGAGAAGAACCCGGAGACCCUGAUUGGACCUGCCAGUGCGAUACCGGCCAUCGAUGCUGCUGCCCUUCCUAGUCUACAGCUUCUAGCUGUGUUGGAACCGAGUGGUGGAGUAACUCUUUACUCUGGCACUAACUAUAUAGGCAAAGUGCAUGUGGCUGGUAUUCACUCUGCCCAGGCCAGCAGUUCAUACUUGACUUGUGCUACUACAGGGUUCUUGCAUCAGUCUCCAUAUCCUAAACGCAGUAGCCUGUUGUCGUCGACACACAUGGGAGAGGCUCUGUUCGAUGAGAGAGUCCAUCUGUUGUCUCCUGUUCCUGCAAUGGCCACCACUCCAGUGACUCCUGGUAACACUAAUCAAGACUCCCAUGUCCACGGACUUCGAGAUCCUGUCAACAAUAGGCUCACUCUGGAAUUCCAGAAUGGUAGCAUGUUCAGAAUCUCAUUACCAGAGGUGUGCUCCUCACCCUUGGUUAAGUCCUGUUUGAAAGCACUGAAGUGUGUGCUACCGAAGAACACAGCUAUGGAGUUGGUGACUCAGUGGUACACGUCUCGCAACGCUCCUGGGACUCAGGACAUAUCCACACAGCUCGAGUGGCAACUGUUCUCUAAACUGCUAUUUUGUUGUUUGGGAUAUGAAGUAAGUAAGCUGGCAAAAUUUAAUCAGUCAAUAGACAGUGCAGACACACCUGUUCAAGUGAAGAAGAAACGUUCAUCAGAUCAAGGAUCCCAACAUGACUGGAUGUAUGUGAUGAGCAGUGAACAUCACAUGUCUGCGGGGAUGCAGCUCUGCAGUCUGCUGGGGCUAGAGAGAACUGUGGUUGAUACCUCAGCAGUUUUAUCUGCAGCAGACCCAGUUGAGCCCAGUUUUAACACAUCUGCUCUCCUGUUUGAACAUUUUCAUGCAGUGCUCUUCUCUUUACACCUUCUGUACGAGGAUCUGAAACUGAACCUUCUGAUGUCAGAGAACCUUCCGAUGUUGGCCUGUAAGCUGCAACAGCUUGCGAGAGACUUACGUCUUCAGGAGUAUGUCAUACAUUACUGGAAAGAUUUUCCAGACACUUGCAGAAUCGACAAUAAUUAUACACAACUUGACUGCAGCCAAGUGCCCCAAAUGCCUCUGUCCAUGCCUAGCUCACCACCGAGUAUAUUCAGCCAGUUGUACACAUUACUUCGCCGCUGCCCUAACAUCAGGCCUUACCCAUACAUGGCUCCCAUCAACGUCAAGUCUGGCGAGAUGAUACAGCUGGUAGGGAUGCUGUGCAGUGGGGUGGAGAAGGUGGACGCUCUGUUGGAGCCAAUGAAUGUGUCAAACUCUCGUACAGAUGUGGAGAAGACACCUCUGAGCGCGAGACCACCUAAUACCAGUGUCACCCAACACUGUGUUUACUUGCUCAGUAGUCUAGGUUACACAAGAAGAGACUUGACUGUGCUGCCUGCUGUUUUGUCAGGUUACACAAGAAGAGAUUUGACUGUGUUGCCUGCCGGACUGGCUCUGAUACUGAAUGAUGCCAUACACAGGGUGAGGGAGGACCCACCACCCGACUGGCCAGAAGCGGCGUACCGUCUGAUCGGUCGUCAGGACCUGGCUGCCACCCCUCCCCCUCCUACAGUGGGAGAGCGAGGGUCUGCCACCCCUCCUCCUCCUACAGCUACUCGCAACACUCAGGACAGUGAUGAUGGCAUGGACAGCUUGGACAGAGAGAUCCUGAAGUUGCGUUUUAACAAAGACCAGCGAGUUAGUGAAGUGCGUCGCCUGCUGCAGUCUUCACAGCCUGUUACAAUUGCAAUCACCCAAAGACCUGAGGUCAGUGACCAUGAAUUUAUAGAGGAACAGGAGAAACACCUGUAUACCAUCUGCACCAGGACCAUGGCCCUUCCAGUCGGCAGAGGGAUGUUGACACUACACACGGCGUGUCCAGUGCCCAGUGAGCCACUCUCUAUCCCUCGUCUGUGUCUGAGCGGACGUGCUCCGCCACGAGGCACCACAGUGGACCUCACCCAUAUCGAAGUGGUGCCUAACAUGAACCUAUGGCCGCUGUUUCACAACGGAGUAGCUGCUGGUCUGAGGAUAGCUCCUAGUGCCACCAACAUUGACACCGCUUGGAUUACCUUCAAUAAACCAAAGGCAGGGCCAGAAGCUUUGCCAGAACACGCAGGAUUCCUGAUGGCUCUGGGUCUCAACGGUCACUUGAACAACCUGGCACAACUGAACACCUGUGACUAUCUGGCUAGAUGUCACGAGAUGACUAGUAUCGGCAUCCUGUUGGGGAUAUCUGCUACUAAGCGAGGUACUAUGGACUUGGCUACUACCAAGAUGCUAAGUCUCCACGUAGAGAGUUUACUACCACCAACGUCUGUGGAGUUGGACAUUGCCCAAAAUGUACAGGUCGCAGCACUACUCAGUAUAGGGCUUGUUUACCAGGGCACUGCUCACAGACAUAUGACGGAAAUUCUACUCUCCGAAAUGGGGAGGCCACCUGGACCGGAGAUGGAGAACAGUGUGGAUCGAGAAUCAUAUGCUCUAGCUGCUGGCCUGGGGCUGGGCAUGGUGGUGCUGGGACGAGGUGGAGACAUCAGCAGUCUUGGUGAUAUUGGCAUUGCUGAUACCCUCCACUAUUACAUGGUGGGCGGCCAUAAGCGUCCUCUAACAGGAUCACAAAAAGAAAAGUACAAGUCUCCAAGUUACCAGAUCCGAGAGGGAGACUGUGUCAACAUUGCUGUAACAUCUCCAGGUGCUACAUUGGCCCUGGGCAUGAUGUACUUCAACACUGGUAACAGGGCUGUGGCGAACUGGAUGAACGCGCCAGACACACAAUACAUGCUGGAUUUUGUGUGUCCUGACGCACUAUUGCUACGCAUGGUGGCACGUGGACUGGUCAUGUGGCAGGAGAUCCAGCCCACGACUACGUGGGUGGAGUCCCAUGUCCCGUCCACCAUCAGGCCCUACUGUCUAGUUAAACCACAUCCUGGCUCACUGCCCGACAACGUUGACCUUGAGACAAUGAAUCAAGCCUAUUGUAACAUCUUGGCGGGGGCUUGUAUGGCGAUGGGUCUGCGGUUUGCGGGCUCUUGCAACAAUGAAGCAUUCACCACGCUGUUACACUACUGUAAGAUGGUGACAAGCUUGUCCAGCAAGUCUAUAGCAGAACUCGCUGGCAAGUCUACCAUCGAGGCCUGUCUCAACGUCAUCAUAAUUUCUUUGGCAAUGGUGAUGGCGGGGUCUGGAGACCUGGAAGUUAUGCGAGUGUGUCGGUACUUGCAUUCUCGUGUUGGCCAACCCACAGUCACCUAUGGCUCUCACCUUGCCACACACAUGGCCUUGGGUCUGCUAUUCCUGGGCGGUGGACGCUACACUCUCAGCACUUCACCCCCUGCCAUCGCCGCUCUGCUCACAGCCUUCUUCCCCAAAUUCCCCACGCACAGCAAUGACAACAGAUACCACCUGCAAGCGCUGCGCCACUUGUAUGUCCUUGCAGCAGAGUCUCGCCUGUUGCUGCCUCGUGAUAUUGACACAGGCAGCUUGUGUUAUGCCCACAUCACUAUAGUGUACCUUGACUCCAGCCACUACCAGAGUCAAGAAUUCACUCUCAAGGCUCCUUGCAUCUUACCUGAACUCAAAUACCUUAAAGAAGUAAGAGUUCAGGAUGACCGCUAUUGGAGAGUCACCUUCAGAAGAGAGAAGAACUGGAAUCAAUUGCAGAGUAUACUGACAGGAUGUGUGGGUGUUAAGCAGAGGGCUGGUUGUUUGUCUUACAUUGAAGACCCUUAUGGGUUCCGCAGCCUCCUUGCUCAAACCCUAACAACAGACAAAGCUGUGGCGUGGACAGUGCCUGCAGACUCAAUAUUUUCCUUCUCCUCGGAUCCAAGCACGGUUAACUUUGCCCAUUACUUCUUGGAACAGCCUGAGGGCACCAGUGUUGCGACGGAGAGUCGCGGAGAGCUUCAAGUGAUGCACUUCCUCACCAAGAUCGUAUACGAGUGUGUCACUCAUGACAAGUUGUCCAUCAUACCCAUCUGGAUAACAAUCAUCAAGGCUAUUCAGAAUCUGUAUUGCUCACCUUGUGGACACCUGGUGUGGCAGCUGAAGCUGAUGAUCGCCCAUGGACAGUCCCCAUGUGACGAUGGAUCUCUUCCCUCCAUAUCCCCUGACAUGGCACUCUCCAUCAAACAGCAAGUCUUUACUGUACUGGAGUCCUGGGAGCAGAACAGAGACCUGUCUGAUGCCCUAUGGAAGUACAUUCACAGUCAACCAGUGUCGGGUGAACCUCGCUUACUACAGCAGCUUGCAACUUACCUCACAUUCCAUGACUUUCCUGCACCAGAUGUUUUGGCUGCUGCACUAUCAGAAGGGGUGUCCAACUCUUUGAUGCUGCAACUACAACUAGGUCACCAUGUGCCAGUAUCCACCCUCCGUAAGAUCGCUGGCCUUCAACAGAUCUCAUCUCAACAACUACAACUGUAAUUGGUUCAUGUUACAGUGAUUAUUAUUUUUGUUUAAAGAUGUAUUUUUUAAAUAGGAUUGUUAUAUAAUUAUAACUGUAAGCUUGGAUAUUUCUCAGUUACAAACUUAAUGUUUUUGUUUGUAUAUGUAUUUAAAUUGAAUAAUGUUUAUCUUUUUUGUAUAAA